CCGUCUAGCAAUAAGUGUCACAUUUACUAAAUUAAAAAAAUAAAUAUUCUCCAAUAGAUAUAUAUUCUCCUGUGUGUACUUUUAAGAAACGCAGGGUACUUGCAAAAUGAAAUUCCUUGCAAAUACUUUACAAUUCAUCAGACUAGUGCAGAAUUUCGCAAAUUGUCAAAAAUUCCAAUAUGCAACUACCGCAUAUCAAUUCAAAAUCAAACAAACUUCUUACUAUCCCGAUCGUCGUUUGGAAAUGAAUCGUGUAAAUGAACAACAAGAAUCAGAGCUGUUGGCUGAAGAAAUUAAAAAACAUCAUCAUUUGCCCAAGGAUUAUUACUAUAGAGUACUGGGACUACAUAAACGAGCCACCACACAAGAGAUAAAAACGGCCUAUUAUGCAUUGGCAAAACGAUUCCAUCCUGAUUCUGUUAACACAAGUAACGACCAACACAUCUCAAAACGAUUUCAGGAGAUAUCCAAUGCCUAUCACAUUUUAACCGAUGAAUCUAAGCGCUUGGAAUAUGAUCAACUGGGUGAAGUGCGAGAUGAAAAAUUGUUUUUAGAAAUGGUAAAAAAGAAAAAUAUUGGCAAGGAACAUAAAAUAGUAACGUCUAAUGCAUUGAGAGGAUUCGAUGGUUUGGCAAGACCAGCGGUCAUGGAAAAACAAUCGGAAAUGUCAAUAUCCAACGAUGAUAUACGCCUAAUGGCAAAUGUCGAUCAAAAAUUGGAAAUAACAUUUCUUGAAUCAGUGCACGGUGUAAAAAGGAUUGUUGACUUAAAAUAUCUUAGAAAAUGUCCUCAAUGCAAUGGAAAUUCUCAGCGUAUGGCUGGUCGUGGCAGUCCCGAACCUUGUCGGAAGUGCAACGGCAAUGGACAGUUGAAAAAAAAGACAGCAACCUAUACAGCGCUCACCGUCUGCGAUCAGUGCCAUGGUAAACGUUAUAUUAAUCGAAAUCAGUGCGAUUUAUGUGAGUGUCGUGGAUUUGUACAAGAAUCAAAUAAAAUAACCAUACAUGUACCUCCUUGUAAAAGUGGUGACGUUAUAGCCGUAGAGAAUCCCAAAACUGGACAAUGUUUUAACUAUCGCGUUAAUGUCCAAGAAUCCAAUUAUUAUCAACGCAUAGGAAAUAAUGUAAUUACAGAAAAAUAUAUAAACCUCUCCGAGGCCAUUCUCGGUGGUACCGUGAAAGUGCGUGGCAUUUAUGAAACUCUGGAUUUGAAGAUUGAACCUGGCACAGAAUCUCACACAAAAAUCACUAUAAAAGGCAAGGGUAUAAGAAGCCGAGGUGACGGCGUUGGAGACCAUAUUGUGUUGGUGAAAAUACGUAUACCCCACCAGUUGACCAUGAAGCAAAGGCAAUUGAUAUUGGCAUUUGCGAAAACAGAGGGCCCCACAUUUGAUGGUACCAUUUCGUAGACCUUCCCAAAUUUCUUUUAUGUUCAUGAAUAAUUAAAUAAACAAAGCUAAACAUA